AUGGAGAAUAAUACAGAGGUGAGUGAAUUCUUUCUGCUAGGAUUAACCACUGCCCCAGAACUGCAGGUUCCCCUCUUUAUAAUGUUCACUCUUGUCUACCUCAUCACCAUGAUUGGAAACCUAGGAAUGAUCAUGCUGAUUCUCCUGGACUCUCGUCUCCACACCCCCAUGUACUUUUUCCUUAGUAACCUGUCUUUUGUGGACUUUUGUUCCUCAUCAACAGUCACUCCAAAGCUUUUGGCUGAGCUACUUUUACAAGACAAAAUCAUCUCCUACAAUGCUUGUGCUGCUCAGAUGUUCUUUUUUGCAGCCUUUGCCACAGUGGAAUGCUACCUCUUGACCACAAUGGCAUAUGAUCGCUAUGCAGCAGUGUGUAAGCCCCUGCAUUACUCCACCAUCAUGACAAAAAGUGUGUGUGCUCGCCUGGCCACAGGCUGCUACAUCAUUGGUUUAUUGAAUGCUUCUAUGCAAAUUGGAGAUACAUUCUGCCUCUCUUUCUGUAUGUCCAAUGUGGUCCAUCACUUCUUCUGUGACAUUCCAGCAGUCAUGACUCUAACUUGUUCUGAUAAACAAACCAGUGAGCUGAUUCUUAUUCUUAUAUCAAGCUUUAAUGUCAUUUUUGCAAUUUUUGUUAUCUUAAUUUCCUACAUGUUCAUAUUUAUCACCAUUCUGAAGAUGCACUCAGGAGAGGGAUACCAGAAAGCUUUAUCCACCUGUGCAUCACACCUCAUUGCAGUUUCCAUAUUCUAUGGGACUGUCACCAUCAUGUACCUACAGCCAAGUUCCAGUCACUCCUUGGACACAGACAAAAUUGCAUCUAUGUUCUACACUGUGAUCAUCCCCAUGUUGAACCCUGUGGUCUACAGCCUGAGGAACAGAGAGGUCAAGAAUGCAUUCAAGAAAGUUGUUGAGAAGGCAAAAUAUUCUCUAGGGUUUGCCCUUUAA